AUGGAGACAGCUGUACUAAAAACUGUUGGUGGUAUAUCAAAAAUAAAUGGUGAUAAAAUGAUUAGGAUAACAGCAGAUACAAUUAGUAAAUGUAAGCAUAUGUUGCUUGAUUGCAUUGGCAAAUCUACUAAUCAACUUGUUAAUAUACUAGAUAAUGUAUCUAAUGAGUUAUGCUGUAUUGGAGAUGCAGCUGAACUUAUACGUACAGUAUCAAGCGAUACAAAUAAUAGAAGGAAAGCAGAUAUAUGUGUAAAAAGUAUACGUCAUUUUAUAGAUUCAGUAAAUUCAAAUUCGAAACUGUAUGAGAUUUUGACGAGUGCUAAAUUAAGUGACUGCAAGAGUGAGGAAGAAAGAAAAGUUUUAGAUAAUAUGAUUGAUUCGAUGAAAGUUCAUGGUGUACACUUAAAAGAUGACGAAAAGCAAAAAUAUUUGAUGUUGUUGCAACAAGAUGCUUUUUUAAGUUAUUCUUUGACAAAGAUCAAGGAUGAGAUAUUACUAGAGAACAACAUAACAUAUAAAUCAAUACCAAUAAAGCGAUAUGAAUUGGAAGCUAUUGGUAUAAAUACACGAGAAAGUAAUGGAUAUUUUACUGAGAAGAUAGGGUCAUGGGGAUUAGAUGAAAAUGACUGGAUAAAUAUAAUAGCUGGUACCUCUUUAUUUAAUAAGGUGUUGGAGAGGCUACCUGAUGAAAAGAAGAGAAAAGAAAUGUAUUUGAUAAAGGAAGAAAUUAAUAAUAGUGUUGGAAGCUGUUUGUUACCAUCAAACGAUGGUUUAAGGACAAGUCAAGAAUGUUUAUUGUCACUGCUGAGUAUUCGCCAACAAAUAGCUAAGUAUAGUGGAUUUUCUUCAUGGUUAUAUUUAGCACAAAGAGGAGUUAUAAAGAGUCCAAAAGAUGUUUACUCUUUUUUAAUGAGUACUUUUGAGAGAAUCAAACCUAAUUUAUAUGAUGAGCUGAGUAUCUUAUAUAAUAUUAAGAUUGAAGAUUAUUACAAAGGUGAGAAAUAUGCAAUUACGAGAGAAAUUCAGCCAUGGGAUUUAAAUUACUUGAAAUAUAAGUAUAGUAUGCAGAUCUUACGAGAGAUUAAAUGCGACGAAGAUAAUGCAUCAUUAUUUUUUCAAGUUCUUAAUCCUAGUUUAAUACUUAUACUAGAUUAUAUGAAUUGGAUUUUGAUAAAGUUUUUUAAUAUCCAAUUAAAUUUAGUAAAACCACAUAAUUUUGGGAAUCUAUGGGAUGACAAGGUACUGAUGUUUACUAUUAGUAGAUGUAAUUCACCAACUAAUCAAGAAUUUCAUAAAUGGGAGAAGUAUUCAUUUCUUACCUCUAAUAUUAGCAAUUCUACUAAUGUACUUAAUUCAUCAUCAAUAAUAGGUGAAUUAUAUCUUGAUCUAUGGGAAAGAAAGGACAAACCAGAUAUAUUUGCACAAUUUACUUUGAGAGGUUCGAAAUAUCACGACUCUAGUGAAUUUAUAUCUAAUGUUGGUAAUUUCUCGACAUAUAAUCAAAUUCCAGCUGUGUGCUUGGUAUCUAAUUUUCCAUUUCCUAGUUCUAACUUAAAAGGUAGUAACAUAGAAUGGUUAGCAUCUACUAAAAUAUCUUUGGUAUCAAUUAUCCCAUUAUUUCAUGAAUUUGGUCAUGUAAUACACUCCUUACUCAGUAAGACAAAUUAUCAACACCUGUCUGGAACCCGUGGUCCUACAGACUAUGUUGAAUUUCAUAGUCACUUUAUGGAGAAUUUUGUGAGAUCACCUAAAUACUUUAUAGAAUAUUUAAAUAAUACUUGUAAAAGUUUUAGAAAAGUUUCAAAUAACAAAUAUUUAGAGAAGUUUGUAAAUCAGUUACCUAAUUUGGAAUUGAUAGAAUUGAUCCGAACAGCUUUAAUAGAUCAGCACUUUUAUAGUUUCUUUUUGGAAGAAGAAUUAAAUAUAAAUAAAACUCAGCACUAUCACAGGAUAAUAUCAAGUAUAUGUAAUUUAAUAAGCAAGGAAUUAUAUAUAAAUUGUGGUAAUAUAGGAUCACUAUUCAAUAUUAUUAGAGUGCCACCAUUAAUAACUCUAGACCAUCUAAUACAUUAUGGUGGCACUUAUUAUUGUUAUCCCUACUGUAAAGUUUUAUCCUCAAAUAUAUGGAGUCAAACUUUCGAGAGAGAUGAUUUAUAUAAUAAAUAUACUCUUGGAAGUAAUUAUAGAGAACAUAUUCUAUCUAGAGGUUCCAUAGAUCCAUCAUUAAAGCCAAUAAUCAAAUUUCUUAAUUCAUUGGGAAUCAGGAAUACCAAAAUAGAUGUCUUAAGGCCUCACAUUUUGGGAUGA